AUGUUAUUUGGUAGAGACAAAAAAAUCAAAACGGACAUAAGUGUGCCGGGGACCACUGUGUUGGUCGGGAAAGCUGCUGAGAUCAAGCUGCUGGGCUUGCACGAGGAGGGUGAUUCGGAAAUCAUUCUCUUUCCGCAGCCAUCUGCGGAUCCUAAUGACCCCUUGAACUGGCCCAGCUGGAGAAAGCAUCUUCACUUCGGUAUUUUGUUCUUCUUUGGCUUGAUUCUCGCCGCAGCAUCGAACUUUGUCGGACCAAUUUAUACGCUUCUUGCCGAAAUCUACAAUGUCUCUUUGAGUCAGUUGAACACGGGUGGGGCGUUGGAAUUUCUUUUCCUUGCGUUCAGUUGUUUGUUUUGCCAGCCUGUCGCAGGAAAACUUGGUAGAAGAGCAGUGUAUCUUUUCUCCACGCUGUUGACUAUCAUUUCAGCCGUGGUUUUUGUCGGAGACAAAACCUACGGGGGUUAUUUGGGCUAUUCGAUCCUCAUUGGCUGUGCCGUGGGUCCGAUUGACUCUUUGAUCGAAGUUUCCAUCACAGACAUUUUCUUCUUGCACCAACACGGAAAGUACAUUGGCAUCUACUCCCUAACCAUGGGGUUGGGCUCUGCCUUUGGACCGUUCAUUGCCGGGUACGUCACGCAGAAUCUCGGCUACCUCUGGUGUGGCUAUUUGUUAAUCAUCAUUGCCGGUGGCCUCCUCCUUGUUGAGGCCUUUUUAUUGGAGGAAUCUGUGUUUAAGAGAACCUAUGAGUCACCGGAACUCGAGGACAAGCUUUUGGAGAUCGUCAUCUCCAACACUUCUCACGUCAAGUCACACACCGCCGAUAUCGACCCUGCCACCAAGAACAACGCCGUUGUUGAGCUAGACUCAGUUUCAGAACCUGCAACCAUUCCAAGACCCAAGACCUACAUUGAGUUAUUGAGGCCAUUUACAAUUACCGACACACGUUUCACUCCAAUGACGGUCGUGAACACUCUGAAGGUUCUCAGAUAUCCUGCAGUGCUAUGGUGUUCCAUUGUGUAUGGUAUCCAGAUCUGCUGGCUCUCUUUGAUCACAGUCUCCGAGUCCGAGUUCUUCAUGGCCCCUCCUUACCUCUUCAGUGCAAACUCUGUCGGUUUGUUGAGUAUGGCUAUGGUCAUCGGUACGGUGAUUGGUGGUGCGUACACGUCUUGCUCCGACAUGGUCCAGCUCUACUUCACAAGAAAGAAUGAUGGUAUUUUUGAGCCAGAAUUCCGUCUCCUCAUGUUGCCUAUUCCAAUCUUUCUCAAUGUUGUGGGUCUAUUCAUGUACGGUCUCGGGCCUUAUUACGGGGUGCACUGGAUUGUUGGGGCAAUCGGUAUUGUCUUUAUUGCCAUUGCCCUCUGCUGCAUCAGUGGGUUGUCUUUAAACUACGUCUUGGAAUGCUAUCCUAAGCAGGCUUCUGCCACCAUGACGUCUGUCUUGUUUGUGAGAAACUUAAUGGGUAUGGUCUUCACUUGGGUUUUCCAGUAUUGGUUAGACAACGUUGGUGUGAUUGGCACUACUAGCAUGCUAGCCGCCUUCUGUUUAGUAAUAAAUGGGUCCUUCAUUAUCAUUUACUUGUGGGGAAAAAAUUUCAGGAAGUAUACCCAGAAGUGGUACGAAAACGCAGAGUAG